GUCGUUAACUAUACCUAGGCUCCUACCUUGAGAUAUCGAUGCUCACUAACUACCAUAUACAGAAGCCCGUUUAGCGGAAGAUUCUCUUAGUCAGCACCUAUCUUGACUGGCAAAGAUGACGCAAAUAUCAAUUAUUAUUCCGUUGAUUAUUAGUAUUCACUGGAGCGUGUGAUAAUUGCAGCCAACUGAUUAAUUUGUUUUAUCGUAGCUACUGAGAGGGAAGUAUGAAACCAUUUGGACUCUCAAGGACAACGCACGUAAUCCGGCUUCUGGAGGUCACGGUGUAGGUAAUCAAAGAGUGGCUAGUGGGGUGCGGUUCUGACCUUUACAAGAACCGUCAGCUGGUGGAAUUCAGCUUUAUUGCGUCAUAGUACAUCUUCCGUUUGACCUGUCUGUGAUGAUUCUGCGAAAUCACAAACUCACAACAUUUUGGUAUUAAGGCCACUAAAGAUUCGCGAGUUUUUCAGGUCCAGAAUUUUUUUCAAAACAUGAUCAGAUUUUUCCCAACAUUGGAUUUUCUUCCCGAAUUUUACCGAUCAGUAAACUGAACUGACACAUCGAGGUGUCAUUUUAAAAGUACAAUCUACAACAUACCAAAAUUAACAAACUGUAAUGACUUACCCGCACCAGUUUGGAACGAAUAGGAUAGCAAUCCUUUUUUCCGUGUCGAUUACUCAUAUACCGAGGGACCUGCCAUAACAAAAGUGUGCAUUGCUCUAUACUUCGACUAAGAAAAAAAUUGUCUUGGGAAAUGCCUAUCCAGUCAAAACGAAGUCUGCAAAAAGUACUACUCAUUGAGGUUAGAAUCGGACAAAAUAUUAAAAUUAUUAAAUUAAAACGCGUUUCACGAAGCGAUCUUCACCGUUUUGAUAAACUUAAUGCACCUAACCUUCCAGAAAAUUAUAUAUUUAAUGCCAAUGCACACUAUUGAGGAUCAUAUCACAUAUAGACUAAGAAACAAGAAAUGCUAGUCUUUCCAUAUGGUAUCUCUUGGUCCCAUCAUUCUUGCUGUUAAUAACCGAAAGUCAAAAGUCGUAACUUGAGAGACUCAAUAUGUUUAUGAAAAAUAAAAGCCACUGUACUAUUUGAAAUCAAGCUAAGUUUGUCACACAGUUUCUGAUGACCGUCUAAUUGUGUUCUGUAGUUAUCAAUGCCCUCGUCUUUACAUCUUGUUGAUUGAGAAACGCUUCAAAAUUUGUGUGAACUUGGUAGUAUUGUACCAGCCUGUACUAUUAGACCGUUAUAUUGUUCGCUGGAUUGUGGACUUGAUACUUUCUUACCAAAUUAGGAUUGGAGGGUAAACAAUUAGGAGUAGCUGGAUAACAACAAUAUUAAUUCGCAAGUGAUUGGAAGUAUGAAAUGGUAGCUCAUUGGUUAGGGCGUGUAACUUCCAUGCAUUUAGUCUCAGGUUCGGACUCCGAUUUACUAACUCCUUCUGGGCUACCGGAUAGGAUAACUGCUCUUCACAUUCAAAGCGUGGUUUGGACCCGAGAACACAUUUUUUGUCAAUAGUAGUGGUAAUAAAGUAAAAGCAUAAGCUGCUCUAAGCUUUAUCGAGACAGCUGUAGAAAAUCUAACAGGUCCAUUAUUAUGUCAUUAGUGGCUUUCGCUUUAAGAUUCCUAACCUUCUUGCUCGAUGUCUGGCUCUAUUAUUAUUUUUGUGAAUUAUGGAUUACAUUUAUUUGCAAUGCUUGCACAUGUAGUAUUUCAGUUCGGUGAUUUAUCAGCUUUUUCUACCUCCAUCAAAUACUACUUCACGUUUAAAACGUAACUUCAUGCUUGUUAAAACUCCUUUUCUUUGCAGAAAAUUGCGUUUUUGUCUUCCUUCUGGGAAACAAAUGAACGAAUCCUUAGCUAAUGGGAUUAUCAAACCUAUGAUUUGUGGUUUAUGCAGGAAAACGUCUUCAUAUAUCUGUCCUCGAUGUAGUAUUAAUUAUUGUUCACUGACCUGCUAUCGAAAUGAAGCGCAUAAGGACUGCUCUGAAUCAUUUUACCGAGAUUGUUGUAUUGAAUCACUGCGCUGUACCUUUUCUAAGAAGUCAGAAAGAUCACACAUGAAAGAAGUGUUAAGGCGUGAAUCAUGUGCUUUAUCGGAUGACUUCCAGUUAGCAAAUGUGAAAUUUCAGGUAGACAAUGAUUAUACAGAUGAUAAGAAUGAGAGUAUUGAAGAUGAUUUGCAAACUCGGUGAUUUAAAUUUGGAAACCGAAGAUGUUGAUGUCAUCUGGUCAUGUUUGACCCUGAAAGAAAAACGAGAUUUCAGUAGACUUAUUCAGUCAAAUGCUAUCGUUCAUUUCAUACCAACAUGGACUCCUUGGUGGUUAGAGCAAAAACCAAUUAUUGAAGAAGUAAAUCAACAGAAUGUUUCAGUGGACAAAUCGCGAACCUUACCUAGUAUUCAAUCGUUAAGUCAACUUUUACCAUCCGGAAUAUCACCUCACCCUUCAGUUGGGUAUAUUUUAGCAGAUGUAUUAUUGGGAUAUGCUUUUGUUAUGAGAUUUUAUAAUGGUGACUACAUGGACUUAAUCGAUGAUGCAGGAACUCUUCUGUGUAAUAUAGUUUUAUCAUUCACAAACUCUCAGACUACUUCAGUCUCAUCACUGAAUACUACUACUAAUAAUAAUAAUUCACCAGAUUAUUUAAAGAAAACAAGAAUAAUUAGAAGACAGAGUGGAAAUAAUCCAACUCAUCAAAUAUAUAACUGUAUAAAUGAAAUUCUUGCCGCAAUUCAAUAUAAACUUAUGGAGCUAAAUUUACCUUGUCAUCCUUCAAUUAUGAUACUAUUGCUUGAAGAUCUUAGUCAUUUAUUAGAUAAUAUUGGAUUUUGUAAUAAAGCACUGAAAGACGUGAAUAAAUUAAUAGUGAAUUUCAGGAAAACUCUACGGGCUGUAAAUUCAAAUGAAAAAUUACGAUUAAAAGCAAAUGUUGCUCACCAUAAAAUAGUCUUUCUUCAAGCUUGCCUUGAUGAUAACAAUCAAUUGGCUAAACGUUGGCAAACAAAUGUUUUACCAAAAUUAUGGAAUCAAAUAUCUAAUGAAUUAAUCCAACGAAUUAAUGAUAUUGAAAACUCAAGUACAGAUAGACGUGAUGAAAAAUCUGCUGGUCCAAAUUGGCGCAAUAUUAUUCGAGAUGAAAAUGUUUACAAAAGUUCUUAUUGUCGUACGUUAGUCGAGUCACUUGAUACUAAUAACUAAAUGCUUCAUAAUUUCUUGAGUACCUGUACAUAAUAUACAUAUUUUAAUAUUUGCUUAUGGCAAUAAAUCUAACAUUUUAUCAGCUUGGUAGAAGUUUGCUACUACUUUGAUAAAGUGGUUGAGGUUGCCUACCAUGACGACAGAGUUGAGGUUUAUUGACAGGAUCACGUGUACCAUAACUUCCUAGCAUACCAGAGAUGUAAAAACCUCAGGUUAGUCGUACUACUGACCAUUUUAAGGUGUAGGGUAUUUCCCAGUGAUGAUCACCACCAAUAAUCCG